UAGGGACCCUAGGGGGCAACCAGCGCUAUUUGUGAUGGAAAAAAUAACAAAAAUGCUUCAAAACAAUUGCACACCAUUGUUUAUUCAACGAUCUUGUCAUUUCACACGUAUCAAUAAUUUAGACUAGAAUAUUUCAUUUAUUAAAAGUAUAUUCAACAAUACAAGUAGCAUAAAUGGAGACCGUACCAAAAGAUUUGAGAGGCUUACGGGCAUGUAUGGUGUGCUCUUUAAUCAAGACCUUUGAUCAAUUUGAAAUGGAUGGUUGUGAAAACUGUGACGAAUUCUUACGAUUGAAAAACAACAAAGAUAAUGUAUUCGAUUGCACCAGCUCUAAUUUUGACGGGAUGAUUGCAGCAAUGAGUCCAGAAGACAGUUGGGUGUGUAAAUGGCAGAGAAUAAAUCGUUUCACGAAAGGAGUCUACGCCAUUUCAGUCUCCGGACGACUCCCCCCGAACAUAAUAAGAGACAUGAAGAGUCGAGGAAUAGUCUACAGACCAAGAGACACAUCACAGAGAUAAACUUACACACAGGAAAGAACGUUAGACUAAUCAUCAUCGAACAUUAUUUAUCGAUUUUUUUUAUGACGUUGAACAUAGAAUACAGUGAUUGUGGCCUAGUAGGCGUUUCGAAGAUUCUUUGUGCGUGGAACAGGGGAGAAAAACUUCAAUUAGUAAUCGUGAACUAUCAUAAGAGUACUUCGAGAGCUACAACACACAACAGUAUAAAACCACAAGGUUUUUUCAUCAUCUCUAAUGAACUAAUAACAACAGGUCUAUAAAAAUUUACCAUCAGAUAAAGUGUUUAUCUUUUCAUUGAAUGAAUCAGUAUGUUACUCUAUCUCCUCUAAAAAUUGGGCCAAGUGAAAACGAACAUUUAAGUGAGACAGAAAUUGAAUUGAUCCCAGAAAUAAACAAAAGCUUAAUA